AUGGACGAAUCAGAUACCCUCGUUGCGCGUAGACCGAAGAGGAGCACGGCAGGUAACAGGAUGGAGGUCGCGCUUGCCGAGCUUGAGCUCGAGGAUGUGAAGGAGGUUGAAGAGGACAAUGACUUUGUCAUCGCAAGGGAUGAGGAAGACGAGUUCGAGUCCGACUUCGAAAGCACGGACGAGGAGGCGGCUGCUCAGGAGGACGUCGAGGCCGGUGAGCAAGCUGCGAAAGAGGAGGAAAGGUCUGCUCGCACCAGGCUAGAGAAAGCUACGGCUGCAGCGCACGCGCGACAGAAAGUGACAUUCCAGCCAGAUACGUCCGUCUCGUCCUCGAAACCCACCGCAUCGAAGCCAAAGCGACGUGUCUCGCUUGGAGUAACUACCAAUGCUGAAACGGGGGAGACCGUUGAAGGCGCAAAGCGGUCCAGCAAGCGGCGGUACACGGUCGCGAACACGUCCGCGACUGCGACACGGGUACGCGAUGCAAAGGAGAAGAAGGCGACGGUCCCGAAGAAAGCCAAGAUCGUCAGUCGCAUGCCUACGCAGGACGAGCUCAUCGCGCGCGCACUCGACACAGAGGAGGGCAAUAUCGUCGAGCAUCGCGAUUAUCUUCGUCUCGAGGAGGAAAAGCGCGCAAAGGCGCGCGUCGUCCGUCCUUCUAUCUCGGGCCCGGUGCUUAGAUGGAUCAGCAAGAGAGAGGAGACGACGGUGAUUGAGCAGCCUCCUCCACCGCCACCGCCGCCGGCAGCAUCUGGAUCAGCGUAUGGGCAGCAGCGGCAGCAGUGGAACUUUGUGUGUGGUCCGUCGGCGGGGUCGGGAACGACGCCGUAUACGGCUGGAUUCCAGAUGUAUGCGCCGGCGGUUUCGCCAACGUCGACAACUGGUGCUCAACGCCACCAUGAAGCCCGAAAUCAUGCGGCUACAGAGCCGACGCAUUCAUCUCAGCUUCAAGGUGGAGCAUCAUCGUCGGCCUAUCCUUCACACCCUCGCAGCGAGACGAACGACGCAGGCAUAGCUUCGGCGCAGCCGCCUCAAUCUCAAGACGGAGUUGAUAGUGCAUCCGUGUCUUUGUACCCGAGCCAUUCUCCCUCUCAUCAGCACAUAUCUGCAACGUCCGCCCACCAGCCACCGCAGCCACCACAAUCUGCGCACCCUGUACAACCGGCGCCGAUCGAGCGCAAAGAAGACGUGUGCAAGAAUUACAUCAUCCACGAGCUGAGCCAGAUAUCCUCGGCGAAGGCGCCGCCGUGGAAAGACACGAUGGCAGCUAUGUUCGGGGACCACGUCAGGUGGGAGGAUCUCCGCGUGUUCUCGUCCAGCAAGCAGCGGCCCACAGCGCGCCCGCAGCAGCUGUGCGCGCUCACGGGUCUCCCGGCGCCGUACCUCGACCCGCGCACGGGCGUGCCGUUCGCGAACAGCGCGGCGUACAGGACGCUCGGCGCGGUUGUUGGGCACGAGUAUGUGUGGAGCGAUGCGCUGGGGUGUUAUGUGUCGCGCGCGAGGGAGCGCGAGGGGUUCGAGUUCGAGCCGGCGCGUGUGCAGGGGGGUGCUGGUGCUGGUUCUGGGAGGAGCGGGGUGAGUGGGGGUGGGCGGGGGACGGGGAAGCGGGGGCGGGAGGAGUAG